GUCCGCAUCGCACUCAGGCUCAUCCUGAAUCAUCCUUCCUUGCCUUGUACCCGAAGAGAUCCCCAUUCAUACUUAUAUAGAUCACAUUAUACCCUCACAAUCCCCUCCCCCACUCACACGCAAGUAUGACCUCUCACCAACCUCAAGCUCAAGCAGGGAGCACUACAUCCCCUCUAAGCGCAGAGGAUCUAGCGCAAUUCGAGUCGCUCAGCUUCGGCACCGACACCGGCACCGGCAAUGGCAGUGCUCGGGAUCAAAUGACGACUGAGCAGCAGCAGCAGCAGCAGCAGCGACAGUCGUUGAAUUAUCAACCGCCAGCCGGAUCACCGCCUUUGGUUGCCAAGGCUGAGGAAGGGCAGGGACAGUCACAGCAGCAAUAUCAGCAGCAGCAACAAUAUGAGCAGCAAUAUCAGCAGGCCUAUGCUCAGUCACAGCCACUUUACGCACAGCCACCACCACAGCCGCAGGGGAUGCGCAAUCCCUCUACAUUCACCACUCACGGUGAUGCUAAUCCUGAAGCGCCUCAUAAUCCUUAUAACCCCUUUCUGAGCGGUAUGGCAGGGACAGCGCAACCGACAGGUCAAUCCCAGAAUCCAAGCAUGCAGCAGCAGGACUUCACUGCGAACAUGCCAUCCACCAAUCCUUUCGCCAACCCACAGUCCACCUAUGCUGCGCCAGCCACAGCGCCGUAUAACCCUCCUCCCACUCAGCCGCCUACAGCUUUCCCCAUGGUCGAGGAACAUCAGGCGUCUGCCGUUCCCAUGGGAGGAGGAGGAGGAGUGCAGGGUGGGAAUAGCACUGCCCCUGCUCCAGUGCCAAGGCAGGAGGACAAGGCGUGGCCUACAAAGGACGUCAUCUUCCGUGGAGUGGAUCGGAAGAUUGUCAUGCAGGUGAGUAGAAUCGACACAGUGUGAGUGAAGCGAUCAUUUGACCACCAUCCCCUUCCCUCUCUGCCGGCCAUUCCUUGCAGGACGAGAACGGCCCUUGCUCCCUCAUUGCCAUUGCCAACAUCCUUCUUCUCCGCGGCGAUCUCGAGCUGCAACCACCAGACCGUCCCUUGGUGAACUACGACUACCUCUCAUCGCUUAUUGCCGAGUACCUCCUCACCCGCCCAGGGGACGCCUCUCUAGAGCAAGCCCUCAGUCUUCUCCCCCAGACGCAGUACGGUCUGAAUCUCAACCCGGGCUUCAUCUCGAACGAGACCUUCUACUCCUCCUCUUCCUCCCCCUCCGAGGUCGGGGCCGGUGGCGGAAGCGCUGGCAGGCCAGGCCAGCUAGCCCUCUUCGACCUCCUCGGUAUCAAGCUCUACCAUGGGUUUCUUCCCGAUCAAAGUUCAGACCGUGAAAGCACAUACGACAUGCUCAUCUC